CUCUCAUUUUCAGUCCUCGCUUCGACGCUCUUCUCCCGCGACUAGCGUCACGAACCCCUGCUCAUCGAUCCCAAAAUCCAACUCUCUCUUGGUUUCAGUGUGGUUUUCUCGCUCUCGAUCUUUUGGAGCUAUGGCGCUGCCUUACUUGGAGGCGGUCUUGGGUUUUAUAGUAUCAAUGUACAUAUUUGAGACCUAUCUUGAUAUUCGGCAACAUUCAGCUCUCAAGCUGCCCACUCUACCUAAAGCACUUCAAGGAGUUAUUAGUCAAGAUAAAUUUGAGAAAUCAAGAGCUUACACCCUUGACAAGAGCCGCUUUCACUUCAUUAGAGAAGCUGUAUCCACUCUGAUGGAUAUCACAAUAUUGUACUUUGGGGCAUUACCCUGGCUUUGGAAGAAAUCUGGUGAUUUGGUCCUAUAUUUUGGCCUCAAUGCGGAUAGUGAAAUAAUACACACCUUGUCUUACUUGGGAGUCUUCAUGAUCUGGUCACAGAUAACUGACUUGCCAUUUUCGCUUUAUUCUACUUUUGUGAUCGAGGCUCGUCAUGGAUUCAACAAGCAAACUCUACGGUUGUUCUUCUUGGAUAUCUUCAAAGGAAUCUGUCUUUCCUUCGUGAUUGGACCGCCCAUUGUGGCUGCCAUUAUAAUUAUAGCACAGAAUGGAGGUCCUUACUUGGCCAUAUAUCUUUGGGUUUUCAUGUUUGUAAUUUCCCUUAUAAUGUUGACACUAUAUCCCCUUGUGAUAGCUCCUCUGUUCAAUAAAUUCACACCUCUUCCUGAAGGAGAACUAAAAGAAAAGAUAGAGAAGUUGUCAGCUUCACUGAAGUUCCCACUGAAGAAGCUCUUUGUUGUUGAUGGUUCAACUAGGUCAAGCCACAGUAAUGCGUACAUGUACGGAUUCUUCAAAAACAAACGCAUUGUUCUUUAUGACACGUUGAUUCAACAGUGCAAAAAUGAUGAAGAAAUUGUUGCUGUGAUUGCCCAUGAACUUGGCCAUUGGAAACUCAAUCACACUAUGUACUCAUUCAUUGCUGUCCAGAUCCUUUCAUUUCUGCAGUUUGGAGGAUACACAUUUGUCAGGAAUUCAAAGGAUCUCUUCCAUAGUUUUGGAUUUGAUAGCCAGCCAGUAAUUGUAGGCUUCAUUAUCUUUCAGUAUACUGUGAUGCCAAUCCAGCACCUUGUCAACUUCGGUCUUAAUCUUGUCAGCCGGGCAUUUGAAUUUCAGGCUGAUGCUUUUGCUAAAAAACUUGGUUAUGGCGCAGCACUUAGAGCUGGUCUUGUGAAAUUACAGGAAGAGAACUUGUCUUCUAUGAAUACAGAUCCCUGGUAUUCAGCCUAUCACUACUCCCAUCCACCGUUAGCUGAAAGACUUGCGGCCAUCGACCGUGAUAAAGAAGAUUAAAUGCUAGCCUUUGGGCUAAUCCGCGCUUUUAUACUUGAGCUUUUAGUUUGUCACAAACAAUGGUCCAGACAAAAAAAGAUAGAACAAUUUAAUCGCAAUGAUGCAUAGAAUUUGACAGAAGAACAACAAGACAAUAUUUUCUGUUUUACUUUGUUGAAAAUUAUAAUAAAUAGGAUGCUUGCCAUAA